AUGGCCUCCAACCAGGACAAGGCAAGCUACCGCGCCGGCGAGGCCAAGGCCCACACCGAGGAGAAGGCCGGACAGGUGACCGGCGCGACCAAGGACAAGGCGUGCGAGGCCAAGGACCGGGCGUGUGACGCGACGGGGAAGGGGCAGGGCGCCGUGGAGGCCACGAAGCAGAAGGCCGGCGAGGCAGGGCAGAAGACGUCCGAGACGGCCCAGGCCGCCAAGGACCGGGCCGCCGAGGGCAAGGACCAGACCGGCAGCUACCUCGGCCGCACGGCCGAGGCGGCCAAGCAGAAGGCCUCCGAGGCGACGGGGUACACGCAGGACAGGGCCUCCGACGCGGCGCAGUACACCAAGGACUCCGCCGUCGCCGGCAAGGACAAGACCGGCAGCGUCCUCAGCCAGGCCGGCGAGCAGGUGAAGAACGCGGUGGUCGGCGCGAAAGACGCGGUGGCGAGCACGCUGGGGAUGGGGGGAGACAGCACCUCCAGCGAAACCAAGGACGCGAGCACCACCGAGACCAUCACAAAGAGCCGCCACAGGUAUAUACCUGUCGCGGUUGCAUAA